UUCCUUAACAACAAACAGAGCUGAAACUCCAGAUUCUCUCGGACUCUGGAGAAAUAUGGUUCAUUAGCGUUACAUUUGCACCUAGUUUUGGAUUUUAUUAGAUAAAUUACCCCUGAGGUCCCAGUUUAAGCGGAGUGAGAUGCCGAAGAUCUUGAAAUUGACUCAUUAACGCAGACGGGACAAUGCUAACUCAUUUUUCUUAACUCAUCACCCGUCUAACGUAGCGACGAUUGAAACGGUCCUGUGAUUGCAACCAUGGAAGAGGACGUCCUGACCCUGAAGCCCAGGCGGAUCCAGAACCAGAACGUCGUCCACCGCCUGGAGAAGCGAAGGGUCUGCUCUGGUCGACCCGGGGCCCACUGGUACCGGGUUCGCUGCUUUCACCAGAACCUGUUCCCGAACUUCACCGUGGUGAACGUGGAGAAGCCGCCCUGCUUCCUCAGGAAGUUCUCGCCGGAUGGACGCUACUUCAUCGCCUUCUCCUCGGACCAGACGUCGCUGGAAAUUUAUGAAUACCAAGGCUGCCAGGCAGCUCAGGACCUGCUGAGAGGCCAGGAAGGAGAGACUCUGUCCACCGCCAACGACCAGUGCUCCCUCAACAUCCGCAGCCGCCUCUUCCAGCGCUUCUUCUCGCUGCUCCACGUCACCAACGUGGCUUCGAAUGGAGAGCACCUGAACCGCGAGUGCAGCCUCUUCACUGACGACUGCAGAUAUGUCAUCGUCGGCUCCGCCGUCUAUGUCCCCGACGAUCCGCCGCCGUACUUCUUCGAGGUGUAUCGCAACAAUGAGUCAGUGACUCCCAACCCGCGGUCUCCGCUGGAGGAUUACUCCCUGCACAUCAUUGACCUGCACACUGGCAGGUUGUGCGACACCAGGUCCUUCAAGUGUGAUAAGAUCAUCCUAUCUCACAACCAGGGCCUCUACCUCUACAGGAACAUCCUGGCCGUGCUGUCGGUCCAACAGCAGACCAUCCACGUCUUUCAGGUGACACCUGACGGGACGUUUCUGGACGUGAGGACAAUCGGGCGCUUCUGUUACGAGGACGACCUGCUGACGCUGUCGGCGGUUUACGCAGAAGCUCAGGCGGAGAGCCAGACUGGCUUCCCGCGCCUCUACACAGACAAAACCAUCAACUCCCUGAAGCACAGGCUGCUGGUGUACCUGUGGCGGCGAGCCGAGCAGGACGGCAGCGCCACCGCCAAGAGGAGGUUUUUCCAGUUCUUCGAUCAGCUCAGGCGGCUCCGGAUGUGGAAGAUGCAGCUGCUGGACGAGCAUCACCUCUUCAUCAAAUACACCAGCGAAGACGUGGUGACGCUCAGAGUCACCGACCCGUCGCAGCCGUCGUUCUUUGUGGUGUACAACAUGGUGUCCACGGAGGUUCUGGCCGUGUUCGAGAACACGUCGGACCAGCUGCUGGAGCUGUUUGAGAACUUCUGUGACCUGUUCAGGAACGCCACGCUGCACAGCCAGGCCGUCCAGUUCCCCUGCUCCGCUUCCUCCAACAACUACGCCCGCCAGGUCCAGAGAAGAUUCAAAGACACCAUAGUGAACGCCAAAUAUGGCGGCCACACGGAGGCUGUGCGGCGGCUGCUCGGUCAGCUGCCCAUCAGCGCCCAGUCGUACAGCAGCAGCCCUUACCUCGACCUGUCGCUCUUCAGCUAUGACGACAAGUGGGUGUCAGUGAUGGAGAGGCCCAAGACCUGCGGAGACCACCCCAUCAGGUUUUACGCCCGCGACGCCGGCCUGCUGAAGUUUAAGAUCCAGGCGGGCCUUCUGGGUCGACCCGUUAACCACGCCGUGCGGCGCCUCGUCGCCUUCACCUUCCAUCCCUUCGAACCAUUCGCCAUCUCCGUUCAGCGGACCAACGCGGAGUACGUGGUCAACUUCCACAUGAGACACGUCUCCGCGUGACGGAGGAGAGUCGUCCUCCGCUCCUCACUCAGGGAUCCUGGACAUUUCUACUUGCAAACGUCCAGACUCGAGUUUUCUCUGAAUUUUAAAGACUAGAUAUAAAAACUCAGAGAUGUUCUCACAGCUGGAUUUCAAUAUCAAACCAAAAAAGAAAAACAGGCAGAUGGACGGAUGAUUAAUGAAACUUUUACAGUUGGAUAAGGAACAUGAAUUUUUUUUCUCCAGACUUUACUUCCAUACUUUUAGGAAGUAAGAUUAGGAUCCCUCUUUCCUUCUCUGCUUCCUUUUUUUUUUCUCAUUCCCUGGUUCUUUUAAUUUUUUAUUGUUUUACUUUUUAAUAUUUAACUCUACAUAUCCUACAGCUAAUAAAAUUCAUUUGAUUUUUAAGUUUUAUUA